AUGAAGGGAUUCGCAUCCGCCGUCCGGACGGCACCCCGCGUGCGGGCCCGCCGCGUCAAGCCGGCGCUGAGGACCUGCCAGCAGGUCCGGUGCGCCUCCGACGCGGCCGGCUCCGAGCUGAAGAGGACGCCACUGUACGACCUGCACCUCGCCCACGGCGGCAAGAUGGUGCCCUUUGCCGGCUACAGCAUGCCCGUGCAGUAUGCGGGCGCCUCCCUCGCCGAGUCGCACCACUUCACGCGCCAGCAUGCCUCGCUCUUUGACGUCAGCCACAUGGUGCAGCACACGUUCCGGGGCCCCGCAGCCGCCGCCUUCCUCGAGAAGGUGACGCCCUCGGCAUGGAGCAACAUGGGCCACAUGCAGAGCAAGCUGACGACGUUUCUGUGGCCCGACAGCGGCGGCAUCGUCGACGAUUCGGUCAUCACCAGGAUCGGCGAGGAUGAGUACUACGUCGUCACCAAUGGCGCCUGCCUCGACAAGGACUCCGACUAUCUCGACCGCGAGCUGGGCAGCUUCGGCGGCGGCGUCGAGUGGACCAGGCUGGACGGGUCCGGCCUCGUGGCGCUCCAGGGCCCAAAGGCCGUCCAGCUGCUCAAGCAGGCGCUGGCCACCGACGUCGACCUCGACGCCCUCUACUUUGGCAACGCCGUCUGGGCCAAGCUCAAGCUUGCCGACGGGAGCAAGACGCACCCUGUCCUCAUCAGUCGUGGUGGCUACACGGGCGAGGACGGCUUCGAGAUUUCCCUCAACGGCAAGCUGUACCCGGCGCUCGAGACGACAAGCCGCGCCGUCGAGGCGCUCCUCAAGGUCGCCGGCCCCGAGUCCCUGCGGCUCGCUGGCCUAGGGGCGCGUGACUCUCUGCGCCUCGAGGCCGGCAUGUGCCUGUACGGGCACGAUCUCGACGAUACGACGACGCCCGUCGAGGCCGGCCUCAGCUGGAUUAUCCCGCCGGAGCGCCGCAAGGCGGGCGGGUUCCACGGGGCCGAUGUCAUCCUGCCGCAGCUGACGCCCAAGAGCAAGGGCGGCCGGGGCGUGGAGCGGCGGCGCGUGGGCUUCGUCGUCGAGGGCGCGCCGGCCCGCGAGGGUGCCGAGGUGCAGAGCGGCGACGGGCAGAGCGUGGGCCGCAUCACGAGCGGGGUGCCGAGCCCGACGUUGGGCAGGAACAUUGCCAUGGGCUACGUCAGGACCGGCCAGCACACGGCGGGCACCGAGCUGGACAUUGUCGUCCGGGGCCGUAAGAGAAAGGGCGUCGUGACCAAGAUGCCGUUUGUGCCGACGCGCUACGUCAAGGCUGGUGUCCAGGCGGGAUAG